AGUUUGAACGUAACUUUAUUGACACCGGAAGUGAGUCCGCUACUCAGUUGGCCGGCUGGAAACUGCACGUGUUUUCUAUUAACGUUUGAAGGUUACUCAAUAAGCAUUUCACGCUUCUCUUGCUUUUGAGUAUACUAAUUUUAAACAUCUGCAUAAGGCGAAAAGGACAUUAAAGCGCAGACAUGGACCCGAUGAAGGCACAGCAGCUGGCGGCGGAGCUUGAAGUGGAGAUGAUGGCUGACAUGUACAACCGGAUGACCAACGCCUGCCAUCGGAAGUGUGUACCCCCCCAUUACAAGGAGGCCGAGCUGAGCAAGGGGGAAGCUGUGUGCCUUGACCGCUGCGUGGCGAAGUACCUGGACCUCCACGAGAAGCUGGGGCGAAAGCUGACGGAGCUCUCGGUGCAGGACGAGGAAGUCAUGAGGAAAGCAGCCAUCGGAAGUGACUAGACUGACGGAUCGGUGUGUGAGUGUGCGCACGUGUGUUUGAAUGUGUGUGUGAGAGCGGGUUGGAAGUUGGUGUGGGUCCCUGUGUGUUGGGUGAUUGUGGUAUUAUCCCAAAGGUAACAGCGGAUUGGGUUACAGCGCAUUCAUCAUUAUUUAAGUUUCUGUUCAACUGACACUAUACCCUGUAUACUACUUCUUUUUAUUCCAGCUUUUCAUGUGAAAUUAAAAAGUGGAUCUGUGAGUUGUAUGGAAAUGUACAAAAAAAAGCGUAUAUGAAAAUUCUCAUGGUUGCAGUCCAUUCAUUUUUAUACCUGAGUCAUGUCGUGUUUUUGUUUUCUACCCGUUGGACGUAAAUGUUGCACCAUACCCCAUUGAUGCAGACGGUUUACAUCGCUUGCAUGGAGUUGUCUGUAGUUAAUUAUGUUCUCAAAACCGGGAUGAAUACAUUGCUCAUUUAAAUAUCUCACCAUACUUCUGUCCAGACUGCUUGGUAGAAAUCUGUCCUGCAUCACUGGACCAUUGUGGAGGACAUUUACAUUUAGAGUAUGAUAUUGCAUUGAUUUGUUGAGUUAAAGACGUGUGAAGUUUUUAUCUGUUGAGCAGCAAGUAUUUUUGUUAUGUUCUGUUUAUCUACACAUUGUCUCAGAAAAUGUGAAAAUAAAAUACCACACAUUUUUGGACUGUGAUUUCCGUGGUGAAAU